AGGCUUAAAUGCGAUGAUCUGUGUUGGUCAUGCUGGAGGGGACAGUUUAACUUGAGUUGGCUGUCUCCGGUAGGGUCUCCCAUUCCAGAAGGGCACGCGGUGAGCAUGAUACUAAGAACUACCCUCCCCCUCUGUCUGAUAGCGUCUGUUCUCCUUUGGGGCGGCUAUCAGAUGUUCCAACAAGCCAUGUUCCCCUCACUGAGAGGGGUGGCUUUGUUGGUUAUUGUCCGGCUGGUCCGAAAGGACUCUUAAAUUGUCCGUCCGAAAUCCAUCAGCGUCUGUUUCCCACAUUGGGCGGCUGAUGGUCUGCGUCUGUUAUCCCCAAUGGGGCGGCAGCUAAUCAACACCUGGCAGCAGGUAUAAAAUGCAACCUUUACCUGUCCGUAAGGACGCCAUGGAUAAAAAGGAAUCAUGCCCCAUGUACCCGGUCGGGGGCUUCAUAAUCUCCGGGGACCCUACUCCCACAGCGAUGGUAACGGGCUGUGGUGAGUCGAAUGCUACCGUGACCCAGGCUAGUCAGGUGAUAACACCGGGCCAGACUAGUCUGCAUGCUACUGGUGUCGCAGGAGGUCAAUCUGGUAUACCCAGAUUGGCUGAAUGUAAAAAACAAAAAGCAAUUGGUGGUAGUGUCACAAGCGGCGAGGUACCUCUGGACUUCUCUCCAAGUACCUCCAAAGCUGCUAAAGCCCUAACCGUCAAGACGGUUAAAACCCUUGCCUCGGGUGCCUCUGGGGGGGAAGCGACUAAGUCGCUCCUCUCAGGCGUUUCCCAUAUGCCAACUGUGCGAUCAGGGUCUGUGAUGGAAUCCUCCUGCCCUGAAGCCGCACCACCCCCUGCCAACUCCGGCUCUGAAAGCAGUCUAAGGCAUAAAAAUCCUGCCAGAAGGGCUGCUACCACCAGGCGUUCCGCCAUUCGCUUCAUUGAGGCUCUUGGCUCUAAAAAAGCCGAGGAACUCACAAAGGAGCAACAGGCUUCCCUCUCUUGGGCGAGAGCUCACAUUGCUGGUCUCAAAUCCGGCCCUCCUUCUGCUGAGUCAUCAGCGGUGCCUAAACGGCAACGUUCAGAGGAGGACGUGACAAUUAAGAGCCAGCAACCGGGUCCGAAAAGGCCUAAAGCGGCACAACGAUCUCUAGCUAAGUCCUUUAGCGAGAUUGUCAAAGACAAUCUCGUUAGGGCGGUUAUAGAUCGAAGUGUCAAUGACGGAUCCAUAUCUCAAUCAAAUUGGGAUAUGGUGAAGCAAAAACUGGUAGGGGUGUUUUGGAAAGUUCUCAAAGAGAACCCAGGCACUCCUCCUCAAUGCGAUGACGCUGGUUGGUACCAGGGUCACGUUAAACUCAUGUCUUGUGUGGAUGAACGCUCAGCGUUGCUACUCAAGACUGCCGUCGCAUCGUUGGGCGAAGUAUGGCCGGGAUCUAGGCUUGAGGUGGUAUCGGUGAGUGAGAUACCCCGAAAGCCUAGGUCCAUAGCUAAAAUACCAGCUGAGCCAUCUAGCCCGGAGGAGAUCUUGGAGAUCCUCCAGUGCUGUAACCCACAGCUUCCAACUAACGACUGGAAAGUUGUCAAGGUUACUGAUGCUGAGGGAUCUUCCAGAAAGGCGAUCGUCGUCCUGAAUAAGGACUCCUUGGGGCCGCUAAGGAAGACACAAGGGAAGGUGUACUAUGGAUUUGGUACGAUCAUCCUGCGUGUCUACCGUAGCGACAACAAGGACGAUACCUCCUCAGAGGAUGUAAAACCCAUGCCCUCGGAAGAGGACAUGGAAUGCAAUGACGCCGCUGGUCCAAUCGACAUUGAAGAUACCAACUCUGUCUCCGAACUGGUUGGUACCUUCUUUGAACGGAUGGACGAGGCGGUGGACGAGGACGCCCUCCUGAAUUCUGACCAGGAGGACGCCGACGUCACCGUUGUACAAAUUGAGCAUGGUGAAGGUGACGCAAAUAAACCUUCACCACUCUAAGGCAGCAUCUGCUGCACUGCUCCUCCGAAUUGCUAAGAACGGGGAGGAGCUAGUCAUGGUCCAGGAACCUUGGAUCCACCAGGAUCGUAUCUGUGGACUAUGUCUGAAGGGCUAUAAGCUCUACUACGCUAAAGGCGCAGCAAUGAAGAUACAGUAGCAGUCUCAUGGGAAACCAAUGAAGGCAGUUUGUUGUGGCUGAUCUCCAGCUAUAUGGCGCACGAUCAUGGGGAGCAUCCGCCAAAUGAUGCUGUCCGCAGUGCUGUUAAAAUGGCGAAUAGGUCUAAGAUACCUUUAGUUAUCUGUGCUGACGCUAACUCGCACCACAUCAUAUGGGGUAGCAGUGACACCAAUACAAGAGGUGAGAGUCUUUUCAACUUCAUUCUUAAUAGUAGUUUGGAAGUAGUAAAUAGAGGUUCAGAACCUACCUUCAUUAUCGCUAACAGAAGUGAGGUUCUAGACUUAACACUUGUAAGUGCUGAACAUCACAGCAUGAUUACUAAUUG